GUGGGUUUUUCAAUUAUUUCAUUUCAUGAAUCAAAUUGUUUAUUACUCGCUGACUUUAUGAUACAUCUGUCUUUUGUUAAAGAGGAUAGAAAUGCCAUAUGUUCGCAUAAGUUUGUUGAUUUUUGAUUAGUGAACUUGAUACAUUCUAAAUAAAUAUAAUACGAUCCAUGUUUGACGAAUUAAAAUGAAGUGUGCCAUAAUUUUAUUAGUUUGCGCUUGCGCCGUUUGGGCCGCACCAACCGAAGAAGACAAUCUCCAGGCUUUAGCAGUUGGAAACAGACAGUUUGCCGCAAGCGUAUACAAAGAAAUUCUGAAAACGAAUCAAGGCAACCUGAUCUACAGUCCGUUUUCCGCACAAGUCGUUCUAGCUCUUCUUUCAGCCGGUGCUAACGGUCCAAGUCACGAUGAAAUCGUGACAGGUGUGUCGCUACCAUCUUCCCAAGAGAAAAUCCAAAAGGCAUUCAAAGAAUUUUUGCCAAAACUGAAAUCCGAUACCGAGAAAUUAAAGCUGUUGAGCGCUAACAAAGUCUACGUUGGACAAGACGUAAAAUUGGAACCAUCGUUCCAGAAAAUUGCUGUUGAAAUUUACGAUUCUUCCGCUGAAAAUGUCGAUUUCUCUAAAAACGAAGUAGCUGCCGCUCACAUCAAUGAAUGGGUUGAAAGUCAAACGAACCAUAAGAUUCAAAAUCUUGUUGACAAAGACUCCCUCAGCUCAGAUACCGCCUUAGUUCUUGUCAAUGCUUUGUAUAUGAGCGCUAAAUGGUCGUCCACCUUCAGCGAAUACGCCACCAGACCCGAAAAAUUCUACAAAACCGCCAAAGAUACCGUAGACGUCCCUACCAUGUCUCAAAUCAACCACUUCAAUUAUUAUGACAACACUGAAUUGGGAGCCCAAUUCUUGGAAUUACCAUACGAAGCUGAUGGUUUGAGCAUGGUUAUUGUAUUGCCCCAUGAAAAAGAGGGUUUGAAAGCACUUGAAAGUAAUGUAGAAAAACUUUUUGCACCACAACCCUUGAAACGCGAACGUGUUGACGUAAAAUUACCCAAAUUCCAAAUUGACUCAGAAAUUAAAUUCGUCGAAAUCCUUAAAUCCUUGGGAGUUAAGAAAAUCUUUGAAGAGGACGCAGACUUGAAAGGACUAUCCGCCAACAAAAAGCGUUUAUACGUUUCGGAAGUUAUCCAAAAGGCAUUCAUCAAUGUUACAGAAAGCGGAACCGAAGCUGCUGCUGCAACCGCAGGAAUUGUUGAAAAUAGACUGUUUUUAAGACCUCUUCCAGAUGUACCAAAAAUUUUCCAUGCUGAUCACCCAUUUACAUAUUACAUAGAAAAAGAUGGUAUCAUCCUUUUUGGAGGACAUAUUGAAAACUAGUUACUAAAGUUUCAUAAAUAAUUUUACUCUUAUUUUUUAUAAGCUUAAUAAAGAAAUUGCAUGUUUUUAAAUGUUUUCAUUACCUUCAAAAUAGCAUAAAAUGUCGAUAUAAGUAAAAGAAAUAGUCCAUACAGUAAAUUUUAGGUUUUUUAAGUGCCUUUCAAUUAUUACUAUUAAUUAUUACAAUUAAAACAAUAUUGUAUUUUCACAAAACGUAUUCUAGAAACAAUUUACAGGGUUCAAAACUGCCAAGUAAUUACAAAUACACUAUUUCUUCAUACAAAACCUAGUGCAUGAAUUACAAAAUAGAUGGUAAUGGUUGAAUAUUGUAGUAUUAUUAGUAAAUAUAUUAUUAGUAUUAAUGUUGCAAUACAUUUAAAAUGUGUUUUUAUAAUGGUACACCAAUGUAAGUACCUAGUAGGUAUUUUGUAAUUUAGCUGUAGGUACCUAGAUAAUAAC